AUGGACACUCCCCCCUACACCGACCGCGUCUCACGACCUGCUUCGGUUGCACCGGGUUCAACACGUGAAACGAGUUCACUCUACAUCAAUCCUCGUCGCAAGUACAAACGCCGAGGUACGGGCUCCGUGUCCGAGACAAAAAGCGGAAGCUCAGAAGAUGAGGCAGGCUCUUCCAUGUCGGAAUCAGAAGAACACGAACUAGGCGCGCUGGACUCGGAGUCGGGUAUAGACGAUGAUGAGGAGACUGGCCUGCAUAAAGACGAGAGGAAAAAGUAUGUCAAACGAAAGCGGCGGCGUCAUGGCUUGGAUUCUCGCAUUGCAGGCACCGCAGGCAUUUCAAAGGAAGAAGCCAAAGAAGCCGACAAGCGUGUGCUGCACAAUCUCCUGAUCAAUGCCGCCCUCGUAGGCCUGUGGUAUUUCUUUUCCCUGUCGAUAUCAAUUUACAACAAAAUGAUGUUCUCCGCCGAACACCUGGAUUUCCAUUUCCCGCUGUUCGCUACCUCUCUGCAUAUGCUGGUGCAAUUCGGGCUGGCCUCCGCCAUUCUUCUCCUCUUCCCCUCCUUCCGACCGUCACAACCCUACAAAAACGAAUCACAUCCUCCGAAGCCGCUAGUCACGCCAAUGUUUUAUCUUACUCGACUGGUCCCUACAGGGACGACCACCUCCCUCGAUAUUGGCCUCGGCAACACCUCUCUACGAUACAUCACCUUGACCUUCUACACCAUGUGUAAAUCCUCGGUCCUCAUUUUUGUUUUGAUUUUCGCCUUCCUCUUCCGCCUGGAGCGGCCCUCUCUCAAACUCAUCCUCAUCAUUCUCACAAUGACCAUCGGGGUGCUCAUGAUGGCUGCCGGGGAGACGGCAUUCAACGCUCUCGGUUUUGCCCUGGCCAUGUCAGCAUCAUUCUUUUCGGGCUUCCGCUGGGCCGUCACACAGAUACUUCUCCUCCGCCACCCGGCCACCUCCAAUCCUUUCGCAACUUUGUUCUUCCUGGCGCCAAUCAUGUUUGUCAGCUUAUUUUGUAUUGCUUGUGUGUCCGAGACACCAUCGGCUGUUGUGACAGGGGUCCAGGUGCUGGUUAGCACCUAUGGGCUUUUCAAAUCUCUGCUUCUCCUUAUCGUUCCUGGGUGUCUGGCGUUCUGUAUGAUUGCCAGCGAGUUUACCCUGCUUCAACGGACAAGUGUUGUUACACUCAGCAUUUGUGGCAUUCUCAAGGAAGUUGUCACGAUCAGCGCCGCUGGGAUUAUCUUUCAUGAUGAAUUGUCCUUGGUCAACAUCACCGGCUUGAUCGUCACUAUCGUCAGUAUGGCCUGCUACAAUUACUUGAAGAUCAGAAAGAUGAGGGAGGAAGCCCUGGAAAAGUUGAGGAAGCGUGACGAUGGACACUACGACGAAGGAGAUAUCACUGAUGCCGACAACACGGAGUUUGGGGCAGAGGCGAUGGAACGUUCAAAUCCUGACAGGGUGCCUUUGAUACGAGAUCAAGAGGCUAUGAAUAAAUCCGGGCCGGUGUUGAGGAGGUUGUCAAACUCGCCUACGCACUCUACGGGGAACGGCAGCCUUGGAUCCCCUACGAAGCGGGGCCGAGACUUGGAGUAA